AUGGAUAUCAAAACACUUUUAAAUACCAAUGAUGAAUUUCGUGGGCCUACUAGUCCAACUCCAAGCAUUACGAGCGAAUCAAAUACUGAUUCGGAACCGAUCGUAGACAAUGACCGUCCAUAUGAAUGUUCUUGGAAUGCUUGUGGGAAAGCUUUUUCACGUAGAUCAGAUCUUGCCCGACAUCGACGAAUACAUACCGGAGAACGUCCUUAUCGAUGUGAAUGGCAAGGUUGUGGUAAACAAUUUAUACAACGUUCUGCUUUAACAGUUCAUUACCGAACUCACACUGGUGAACGACCUCACAUCUGCGAAUACCCCAACUGUAGCAAGUCAUUUAGUGACUCUUCAUCAUUAGCUAGACAUAGAAGAACUCAUACCGGGAAAAGACCUUAUGUUUGUUCACAUUCAGGAUGCGGAAAAACCUUUACAAGACGUACUACUCUUACUAGACACCAAAGAUCUCAUGAUCCUCACUGGAAGGAGUAUAAUACGUAUGUAAUAUUUAUUCUUGAAUGA